AUGGAGACUAAAUAUUCUCCUACACCAGCCAAUGAUGGUAUCAAUAUAAAAGAUUUGGAAAUACUAGAUAUGAUGAUUGAUAAUCAACAACAUCAAGUAGUAUAUCAAAAAUUAGAACAAAAUUAUCCAUUAGUGCAACAGCCUUGGCAAAAACGAAUAAUUCAUUCAAAACAAAUUCGAAAUAUGAGUAUUAUCAUAUUAUUGAUUUGUUUUAUCAGUGUUGGUAUUAUUGGAUAUAUUCAUUAUAAUACAUCAAAUACAAAUAAAAUAUUUAUCGAAGAAAAUCAAGAUACUUAUGAUGAAGAUGGAAGUGACGAACAAAUUCCUCAAUUAAGAUCAGAUUCAAAUCAUCUUGAUUCUGAUUCUUCUGAAACUGUUGGUCAAAUGUAUAUUUAUUUUCGUCAAUCAUCUCAUUCAUUUGAAAAACUUUCUAUUCCUGUUGCAAGAUACAAUCGUGAAAAUUUUCCUUUAAAAGGUCAAUUUAUUAAUUUAAUACCAGAGUUAUCAAUAUUUGUUGAUCCAUAUACUAAACAAACAAUUAUUGAUUCAAAAAAAGAUUCAAGUUUAGUUUAUGUAUUACCAUCAUUAGUUGAUAAACAUAGAAAAUAUUUUUCAGUUGCAGAAUUAAUUAAAGCAGAUUAUGUUAGUUUAUCAAGUAAUGGUAUGCAACCACAAUCAAAUAUUGAUAUGUCAGCAUUAUUUCAAUCAAAUUCUUUACGAGGUUCAAAUAUUCCAAAAACAAAUUCUCGUACAGGUGGUUUUAUGGAUGGUUUUCAUACUAAUUAUGAAUUAUUAUCAAUACCAGAAUAUGAUGAAACUUCAGUUGAUAUUAAUGAAAUAUCUGAAUCAGAAGAAAAAAAUCAAUAUAAUACAGAAGAUAAAAAUGAAAAUGAAGAAUAUAAUAAUAAUGAUAAUGAAGAUCAUUUAAAUCAAUAUGAAAGUGAUGAAGAAUCAAAACCAUUUAGACGUUAA